AUGAAGAAGCGGGAGGCGCAGAAUGAGAAGCUGAUGUAUGAGAUAGCCCAGGAGAACAAGCGGCUGAGCGAGCCCCUGGCCCGGAGCCUCAAAGAGGUCGAGACACUGAGGGGGGCCCUGGCAGCAUAUGACAAGGACAAGGCGUCGCUGGCGGCGGCAAAGGCGCGGCUCGCGGCUGCUGAGAAGCGGAUAAAGGCCCUGGAGUGGGAGGGCGAGGUGCUGACGCAGCGGCUAGCCGCGGCGUCGGACGAGCGGGACGCGCUGCGCGCGAAAUUUGAGUCUGGGGUCUACGACGUGGUGCAGCGGUCGGGGCUCAAGUCCAUGGUACUGGAGAAGCGAGUUGCCGCGCUCAGCGGGGCAUUGGAACUGAAGGAGGCCCAGCUGGGCGAGGUGCUGGCCGCGGCGCACCUGGACCCCGCGACCCUGCAGCAGGCGCGUGUGCGGGCGGCCGUGCGAGCGGGCGCGGGGCGGGCGCUCGUCAGUGGGCGGUUGGAGGAGGUGCUGUCUGUGAAGAACGCCACCAUACGCGCACUGCAGGCCGACGUGGCAAAGGUGUCCAAGGCCCACAACGAUCUCAUCCGCGUGUACGAGGCGAAGCUAGCUCAGUUUGGGGUGCCGCCAGAGGAGCUGGGCUUCAGGCCGCUGGUCACCACCACAGCCCUGGGGCCCGCGGGGCUGGUGUCCGGCCAGUGA